UUCUCAUGUAUACUCGCUGAUUUUUUUCUAAUAUUGUUUUAUGCUCUCUAGGUCUAUUUUCUAAUAUCACAACUGAUGACAUGAGGGACUAAAUGAGAAAGACUAUAUUCAAGAAGUGCAAAGUUUGAUGAAUUAUGUUUAAAAUUGCAAGUGGCUUAUCCUUUGAACUUAAGAUAAAUGCAAAUAUGCUUUAAUUCAUCCAAACAACAAAGGGCUGGUUGUUAUUUUCUCAGAGUAUUAUGGACCAAUUGACUACAAGAUGUAAUAUCUUAGACAAUUUUUUCUAUUUUAGGGACUAUAGCUUGGCUUGAUUUUUUCACUAAUCUUCCCCUGAAGGUAAUCUUGAUAUCUUUGUUUUUUCUUGAACACAAGAUAAAUAUAAAGCUUUGAUAUAAAUGGUUUUUGUUUUGUGUUUCGUCUGAAAAGUGCAUCAGUGCAGCUUUAUUAUAGAGGUAUAGUUUGCAUAUUGAAAUUGCCCAUCAUCACGAUGGAUAUGUAAUGUGGCAAGGAACUAGACCUAUGAUGUUGUAAGAACUGGAGCACAUAAAGGCAUAGUCUCUUUCGUUUUAUAUGAUAAUGCGGUCCCUUUCCUUCAAUAACUUCUUUUAUUGUUUUAUCCCUUCCAUUUUCCCUGGUUAUUUGAAUGAGUAGAAAAAAGGUGCAAAGAUCUAUACUUGAUUCUCUGGUGGGAGGUUCUCUUCUACUGAGUUCUACUGCACAUCACAUUGUAAAAACCCAUUAAGAAGGUUAUCAAUAUUUAUAAAAUUUAACGUCACUCAUAUUGGCUAAUAAUGAAACAGUUUUUUAAAUCAGUGGUUUGACCAACAUUAUGCAGACACCAGCCGCAUAUUGAUGAAUUUGUCUAGGAGUGCCCUCUUUAUUCAUUAUGAUGCUAAAGGUGUAUUUUUCCAUCUUUGAACGCUUCUCAACAUUCCAAAAACAGCUUCACAUGGGCUCAAAUGUGACUGAAUCACGAAACAAGUAGCAUUCUUUAUUUGUAUUGAUUUGCAGUUGAAUAUGGCCUUUAUUUAAUUUAGACAGUAAUGUUAUCCCAUGUAUAAAGGCUAUAACUCAAUUGGGACUGUGCACGGGUGAUAUUGACUCUGAAUGCAGAGGCCACAUUGAUGUCAAGUAUCUGCAAGAUGUUCUUUGGUGUCUAGUUCUAUGAACGGAAAGAGCUGGGAGAGUGGAAUGAUGACGGAUAUUCUCUUACAGUUAGUUAUCAAGCCUUUGCAAUACUAAUUACAUUAACAGGGGAAAUUGCUCACUGGAAAGCUCAACACAGUGUCACAGUGUCGAUCUAUGAUGUCCAAAGAUUUGGCUCUCAAGGUAUAUUUUCUUCAUGUAUCGACCGACUUUUUUUUAUUAGUAUUAUUACUUGGAAUUAUUGUACAAUAUUGUUGGGUUCCACUAUAUGAUCACUGGUUGCUUGGAGCCUAAAAUUUCUGUUUACUUAGUAUAUUUUCUGCACUUUCGUUUGCCGUUCCAUUGUGGAUAAAGUUGCCUUCCGGUCAGGCGUUAUACCUCUUUGGAUUCACAUUUGAGUGAUGCAAAAGUUCACAGUGGUCGACCAAAACUCCAAAAAUAUGUCUUUGUCCAGCUAUCAUUCUCAGUUCCCAACCGCAGCUGUCCAAUCACUGUAGUGCAAUCGCUGUAGGGUUAUCUCCAAACCCUUAAUUGCUAACAUCGAAGUAGUGCAAUCGCUGUAGGGUUAUCUCCAAACCCUUAAUUUCUCAAUUCAAUGGGUAAGUAAAUACAUUAAGUAGAGUUUUAAUAUGGUGAUUAGUGUUGUGAAUAACUUUGGGUAUAUAGACAAUCACCAGUUGUAGCAAGUAUAGCUAUGGGUGUUCUUCUAACCUGUAGGCUAAGAUGACUGUGUCUAGUACAUAGUCAUGCAUUUCUUUUUUUAUUUCUUGAAAUCCAAUUUUAGAGAUUUUGUUUUAAAUUACGUGUAUUGUUUGUAUUUUGUAUUAAUUUGAUAGAUUGAUGCUAUUUGAUUUGUUUGGAUUCUUGGAUAUUUGAUGUUUGGGUAGAUAAACGAGACUAAUGUGAUUUGUUUCCGGUACCCUAUAAAUACCUGUAGAUUCGUAGAAUGAAUUUUAAGCUUAGAUAUUGCAGUAUGGAGUAAAGGUAAGUCAGCCUUUUUGUUAAAGCGAUGAGCAAAAUAAGCAAAAAAAAAAUGGCAAGUGUAAGUAACAGAAUAGAGAUGAACAAAUCAGAGCAUAACAAAUCAUGGUCACCAUCCUCAUGAAGAAAAGGAUAAAAGAGAUCAAUAUACAUGUACAUUUCAGUAUGGUAGCUAGAUAAGUAGGAUUGAUAAAAAAACAACAUAUCACAACUUACCAGGAUAAAAAUUGUCAAAGAGUGCUAAUGUACUUUACCUACAUUCAGCAUGUGAAUUUACCUUUGAUUAGUUUGAUAUCGAAUUGGGUAUUGUAUAAUGUUUUUUAAGAUGGAGAUUUUGAAUGUGAUUAUGUCCUCCCUUAUUUCAAAUAGGUGGGGGUGUUACACACUAAAUCUUCUCUCAACUAUGUACUAUUCAACAAACCACGUAAUAUCCCUCAUGGAAGUAGCACCAAGAUAGCAUAUAAUCAGGCUUCGCUGAAAUCAAAAGAUAACAAUUAAUAGACUUUUGGUAAUUAAGUUGAGAAUAUAUGUUUUGCCGGAAUCUAUUAAAUUUCAGUUUUACUCUAUAUUUCAUUUUGUGUCAAACUCAUUAAUUACAAUAACAGUGCUUAUAGUAGAGCUUCACAACAAAAGUUUUGCCGGAAUCUAUUUUAUGGGUGGUGCUUUCUCUUGCACCGGCGCACUAUCUCAAGGCAAUGGGAAUAACAAGUGACUACUGGCAUGGAAGGAACCUUUCAAAAUGAUGAUGGCUACCUGAGGCAGAACGACCUUCCUAUUCCCAUGGAAGGAAGUGAUGUUGUCCUUGGAAUUAUCUUAUGCUACCUAAGAAUAGAAUUUCAUUCUGGACUUGAAACAAACGUAGAGUAGCUUUGUGUUUUGAUUGGGGGUCUUGAAAGUGUAUCCAAGAAAAGGAUGCUUAAAACUACAUAUUUUGUUACGGCUGGAACUUUGUUCCACGUCCAGGAUAAGCAACAACCUUGGUAUUCUAAAGACAAUAUAUGGUUGGGCACUCAUUUGGUUCCUUUGUUGUUGGCAGUUUUAGAUUAAGAUUUCGAUUCAUUUGUUGGUAUUUUUCAGAGUUCUUUAUUUUUUGUGUUUUUGGCUUUGCUUUGGUCAUUUCAUACGUAGUAUUUAUUUCCUUUUUAACAAAAAAAAUUCAAUUUUUUUAAUAGAAAAGUUCACUACCAUGUAUUCAGUAUUUUAUUCUCCAUUUUUAAUGUUUCUUAUUUAUUUAUUAUUUAUACCUAAAAUCUAUCAUACUUAGUACUCCGUAGAAAAAUUUAACUUUAAAGGUAUAUACGAGGUUUAAAAACUAGUACACGGUAUAUUGUACACCUCAGAUACUCCGUAUAUUGUUUUACACCCGCUUCUGCUUGCUCUUCGGCUAGGCUAAGAACUUUACAUCGCACUGCCGUUGGCGUGGCCUGUUUCAAAUUUCAAUACGAUCACCGAACGCCUCUUUCACCGAGUUCCUAUUUGCUUGGUCUCUUCGCCGAUCAGGUAACUUGAAGGUUGGAAAAAGGUUCAAAGCACUUCACGCUUUUCAUUGUGUAAGCUCAUUUUGCUCCUAAAUGAUGAGGCUGUUAUGGACAAGUCUCAGACUGAGGUCCGACAGGGUGUUGUUCGAAGAGACAAGGCUCAACUCACUGAAAAUGAGAGCUGCCCGGCUGCGAAGGAGGCUUCAGCCGCGGAUUGAUGCCUAUAAUCAUGCUCUUGAUGCGGUAUUGUUGGCGGUUGCACAGCAUAUGGAUCAAGCUGCACUCCACCCUCUUCUCCACGCAAGAGGGCAAGCGAGAGAAAGGCUCCAGGCUUGCAUAAGAGCGCUGGAGAGGGUGGAGGGUAGCAUAACAAGAUGCGAGGAAGUUCUCCAGGGGCUGAGGCAGAUUAUUGGGGCGAUGCUGGAUUUUUUCAGCAAUGUAGAUUCAACGAGGGGCCAUCCCAUUACCGUGAGGUUUUCGGUGGACAUAACCAUUUUGGGCUGGCUCAAGCAACACCGAGCCGAGAACAAGCGGUUCUUUUUCACCCUUGGAAGGAGCAUCACCGGUCAAAACCUCUUGAGCAUGAGGGAGAUGGCCCGCCAAAUAGGCAUGGAGGAGUUGGACUAUCAGAGUGCAUACGAGUUGAGGGGCUCACGGUUUCGUAGGUUUCACGGUAACUAUGUGUACAGAUUUGUUGCUGUUUUACUGAUACCUUCCCAUCAAAUAGAUGAAGAAGAAGAAGAAGAUGAUGGUGGUGGUGGUGGAGGAUGGGUGAUGUAGAAUUUGUGGAUAAAUUUGUGUGGAGGCAGAGGCACUGGUAGUUGUAUGUUUUUUUCUCUUCAAAUUGUAGUACUGUACAUUACUUGAGAUAGCUAAGCCAAGAGAGCUCAUUGUAAUUAGACUCAUAAAAUGGUCCAAGAUCUCCCACCACCCCACCCCACCCCCCAGAAUGACAGGUUCAAGCCCUGCUUUUUCAUUGAUGCUGCCACUUGCAUAUAUUACUUGGAAAUCAUAUUUGCAUUUCUGUAAAGACUGAAACCAAAAUUAAAGCUACAUUUGUAAGUAAUUGAGGUGUUUUUUGCUGAGUAUUGUUUCCAGAUCAUUUGAGUCCAUUAU